AUGUUCCGCAGAGCAUUUCUCAGACAAAGUCGGCUUGCCGGUUCUGCGGCUCCCUCGUCCAUCAUCUCCCCCUUCCAUAGACAAUCAGCUAUCAUCCGCCAGUCCCAACAGCUAGCAGCACGAUCAUUCCCUUCCAGAGUACAUAGCAGAUACGCUUCAACGGAAGCCAACGGUGAAAAGCCCAAGGCCGAAGAAGCUGCUGAAGCUGAAAAGCCAUCUGAAGUCGAGACAUUGAAGAAGGAUCUAGAAGCACGUGAGAAGGAAGUGGUUGAUUUGAAGGAUAAAUAUCUUCGCUCUGUCGCUGACUUCCGCAACCUGCAAGAGCGAACUCGCCGAGAUAUCGACGCUGCUCGUACCUUUGCUAUCCAGAAGUUUGCCGCGGACCUCAUCGAGUCAAUUGAUAACCUGGAGCGUGCGCUUGCAGCUGUUCCUCCAGAGAAAGUCGAUGCUGCCAAUGCAAAGGAAAACAAGGAUGUUUAUGAGCUGUUCUCCGGCCUGAAGAUGACCGAGGGCGUGCUCAUGAAUACCCUCAAGAAGCACGGUGUUGUCAGAUUCGACCCGUCCGAGCUGGUAGAUGGUCAACCUCAGAAGUUCGACCCAAGCAGACAUGAGGCCUUGUUCAUGUCUCCAAUGGAGGGCAAGCAGGACGGCGAUAUCAUGCACGUUCAGAACAAGGGUUUCACCCUUAACGGCAGAAUUCUCAGGGCUGCUAAAGUUGGCGUCGUAAAAAACGCAUAA